ACACCGCAACAAAGGAGUGGAGUAAUUUCCGAAAAUGAAUAUUUUCAGAUUGGCCGGCGAUUUAUCGCAUCUGCUUGCAAUAAUUUUACUGCUGAUAAAAAUAUGGAAAACCAGAUCGUGCGCUGGUAUUUCCGGUAAAUCGCAAAUUCUGUUCGCCAUCGUCUACAUUAGCCGUUACCUGGAUCUGGUAACAACGUUCAUCAGUGUAUACAACACCUUCAUGAAGCUGGUCUUCAUAAGUACCUCUGUGGCCACGAUUUAUCUGAUGUACGUCAAGUUUAAGGCAACUUACGACCACAACCACGAUUCGUUCCGCAUCGAGUUCCUGCUGGUACCGUGCUUUCUGCUGGCCCUGCUGAUCAAUAACGCAUUCACCCCUCUGGAGAUCUUGUGGACGUUCUCCAUCUAUCUGGAAGCGGUUGCCAUUCUACCCCAGCUGUUCCUGGUCAGCAAAACGGGUGAAGCAGAAAGUAUCACGAGCCACUACUUGUUCGCCCUGGGUUCAUAUCGUGCGCUGUACCUGCUUAACUGGAUCUACCGAUAUUAUGCCGAGGGCCAUUACGAUUUGAUUGCCAUCUUUGCCGGCGCGAUCCAGACGAUCCUGUACUGUGACUUCUUCUAUCUCUACAUAACGAAGGUGCUUAAAGGCAAAAAACUACAACUGCCAGCGUAAGUGGCUUUCCUUUGGGCAGUAGUAGCGAGGCAAUCGAUGUUAAACUAUCGAAAGGAUUAAUCAAGAGCAAUUUCUCCUGGCCUGGGUUGAAGCUUCAGCGACGACAUCAAACAAUACAUUUACAAUUGAACUUGCAUCUUGGCCAUGAUUGCGUUACGGCCAAACAUUAAUACAAAACAAAA